GUCAAUCACAUGACAGUCAUGAGUUCGAGUGUAAACAAAACUUGUGCUUAGUUCCAAUGACUCACCAAAUACAGUGACUGCAGUACUUUAUAGGGUAGGUUAUGAUCUUAGCUCGAUCUGAAUAAGAAGACUUGUAUUUCAGAGACAGGAGAAGAAAUCAUUAUAUCAGUACAGUACAAUUUUCAAGUGUGAUUACAAGCAAGGAUGGCUCUAGCAGCACUGUUUGGUAAGAGGAAGACUCCUGAGGAGAUGCUCAGACAAAACCAGAGGGCUCUCAACAAGGUGAUUCGUGAAUUGGACAAAGAGAGGACGCAGUUGGAGAGACAAGAGAAGAAGUUAGUCACAGACAUCAAGAAAAUGGCAAAGAGUGGACAAAUGGAGGCAGUGAAGAUUAUGGCAAAAGACCUAGUGAGGACGAGGAAUUUUGUCAAGAAGUUCAUCCUGAUGAGGGCGAAUAUACAAGCAAUAUCUCUCAAAGUGCAAACUCUCAAGUCUCAAGCAGCAAUGGCUAAUGCUAUGAAAGGUGUGACCAAAGCUAUCAAGAACAUGAACAAGCGUCUCAACCUGCCCUCUCUGCAGAAGAUCAUGAUGGAGUUUGAGAGGGAGUCUGAGAUCAUGGACCUCAAAGAGGAGACCAUCUCUGACACUAUCGAUGAUGUCAUAGGAGAGGGUGAUGAUGAGGAGGAGACGGACGUGAUAGUGUCGCAAGUUCUGGAUGAGUUGGGUAUCUCACUGGAUCAGGAGCUUUCAGGGAUCACACCAGGACUGGAUAGACCUCGCAUUCAACAGUCCACUGGAGGAGGGAAGAAAGCAGUUGCUGCCGGACCCUCAGCUGGAGACGACGACCUCCAGGCACGACUGGACCAGCUGAGAAGAGGAGACGAUGACUAGAGGACAUUAACUCAUUACACAACUGUAUAGUUGUUCGAUGUCAGUAUUAUUUUAUCGUGAUUAUAAAAUUAUCGCCAGUUUUAUUCUUUGUGCACCUAUAACGUUAAUAUUAUUAUGGUGGUUCUCUUGAUUGUUUUAUAUUAAAGUGACAUCAUUCUGUAAUGGCAAA